AUGGGUCACCGCCCAGGCCCGCAUGCACGCGUAGUGCGGCACUGGACCGACGAUGGCGAAGAAUAUGUGUUCACCUAUCAGUUCCAUGCUGACGGCGGUGGAACAACGACUGCGAAGGAUGCUUUGGCGCGGACGCUUCAGUGGGAAUGGAACAGCGACUACGAGCUAACGCGCCACACCGAUGCCCUGGGUUCAGUGACGAUCCAGACCUGGAGUGAGACCAAGCAUCUGCUGAGCCACGUAGACCCGCUGGGGCGCACCACAAUCUAUGGCUACGACGACGCGGGCAAUCUGGUUGCGGAGACCGACCCUUUGGGGCGUGUCCAAAGAUGGCGAUGGAGCCCCGCACCCGCAAGCCUGCUGAUCUCGACAUCGGACGCUACAGGGGCCGCUUGGACGUACCGAUAUGACGACGCUGGCAACCUGACGGCCGAGAUUGAUCCACAGGGAGGCGCCACCCAAUACGCGAACAAUCCCCAGGGCCUGCCGGUGGUGGUAACCGACGCACAUGGGGGACGCAAACAGCUUCGUUGGGACAGCCGCGCACUGUUGACUGAAUACACCGACUGCAGCGGAAAAACAACCCGUUUUGAAUACGAUAAGUACGGCUUUCUUCAGUGCGAGAUGGACGCAAUGGGACAUCGCACCGCGCUGCAGCAUGACCCACAAGGCCGGCUUCUGAAGCUGACACUGCCCGAUGGGGCAGAGCACCGUUACAGCUACGACGGCGCAGGCCAAUGCGUGCUCGCCGUCGAUGCGCUGGGCCAAAGCACCAGCUACAGCUACAACCUACGCGGCCAACUCACCGGGCGCAGCAAAACGGGGGGUGUCGGUAAAGGGGCUGAUCUUUUCGCAGGCCCCGCCCCGACGCCAUUCCCCUGCGGGGUACCCCCAGGUGCUGUCGGUGGCCGUGAACGCAAGUCGCACUUCUACAAUUCCGCCAGGGUCGUCCCCAUCGUUCUGGGAGGCCCUGCCAAGGGAGCCUCCAUGCGACGCCUCGCCGAGAAAAAACGCCACGAACUUGACCUGCUGUGCCGCGCCGGCGUAGGCCUCACGCCCAUCGCGCCGGCCGUGUGUCGGCUGGUACGGGAGAUCGUGGGGGCCGAGGCCUGUGCCUUGUUCUGGCUCGACGCGCAGGGCCAGCCCGAAGGCUUCUUCCAUGAACAUGCCCAGCCUGCGGCGCAGGAACUGUUUCUCAACGAAUUCGAGCGGCUUUUCCUGGGCCCUGCAGAGAUCAACAUCACGACGCUGGCGCAGACCCCUGGCGCGCGCAUCGGGCGCAUGCUGAACGUGCCUGCGUCGUACUACCGCUCCAACACCUACAACCUGCUG